AUGAUGCCAAUAGUAGAACAAAGUUCCGUUCAUCAUCACCAUGGUCAUGGUCAUCAAACAUUUUAUCACGAACAACAUAUACCAGAAGAAACUAACAAGAUACAAUUAACACUUAUCUUACCAAAUGGUGUUCCAUCCAUAAUUAAUGUUGAUGCAAAUACUCCAAUGAUGGAUUUACUUGUACAAGCAGCAUCAUUAAAUAAACUUAAUCCAAGUAGUUAUUCACUUGUUGUACUUGAUUCGAAUCAACAUGUUAUACAUUUCAAAGCUAAUCAAACAGUUGGACAAAUUGGUUCAUCAACUAUUAGUCUCCAACCAAAAGAAUCAACACAUUCAAAUUCAUCAUCAAAACCUAAAACUCAACCAUUUGAAAUUACAGUUCGUCUACAAGUUAAUUUACCAGAUGCACAAAAAAUUUUAUUACGUAUUGAUCCAACAUUACCAUUAUAUGAUAUAAAAGAACAAAUAUGUAAACAAAAAAAAUAUAUAAAUUCAAAUCAAUAUACAUUACGUUUACCAAAUAAACUUGAUCAACCAUUAUUACUUGGUUUAUCAUUAGCCGAAUAUAAAACAAAUGAACUUACAUUAAUAUAUAAUAAACAAUUGGAAUUUGAACAAGAAUACAAUACAAAUCAAAUUCAAACAUUUGAUCGUCUUUAUCGUAUACGUUCAGAAAGUCAACCACCAAAAGAAAAUUUUCUACAUAUACAACAACAAAAUGAACAAAAAUUAAUAAAUACAAAACAAAUUAAUCGAUCAAAUACAAAUCGUUCAUCAACAUUACGUCCAUCACAUACAACAUUACAUGCUUAUUGGAAUGAUCCUAAUUUUGAUACACAAUCACAAUUAUCAACUAGUUCAUCAAUAGCAAAGAAACGUCGUGCACCACGACCACCUGGUUCUAUAAAUUCUAAAAGGCCUGAUUCACAAAUUGUUUAUAUUCAAGAACAAGAACAAACAUCAAAUAAUAUUAAUUUACAUUCAUUACCAUUACAUAUUGAUCAUCAUCAAAGUCAUGAAUCACUUCAAUCAGAAAAUACAAAGAAAAAACGAAAAGCACCGAUUGUUGCUCCAAUAAAUUCAGUUCAAGAAAAAGAUGAAAUUGAUCAAAUAGAACAAAAACAAAAUCUAACAAAUAGUAUUGCUCGACCAGGUUCAGAUCCUCCUCCACCUCCUUCAAUGGCAAACACUAUUUCGGCAUCAACGAAUAAUUUACAUGAAGAUUUUCGUCCAACUAUAGAAAUGAAUCAAAAAUCAAUUGAUGAACCAGAAAAAAAUGAUGUAACAAUGAAUCAAAUGAAUGAGAAUCAAUCUGUAUUAAAUUCAUUACAAAAUCAAACAUCAACAAAUGAUGAAUUAAUUAUCAGAACUAAUUCUCUAGAACCAAUAACUAUUGAAAUUCAUUCACCAUCAUCAAUUCAUUCUCUAGAACAAAUACAAAUUGAAUUACCAAAUUCAAUACCAAAAAUUAUUCAACAACAAGAAGAAAAAUCUGAACAAAAAGAAAUUUUAACAAGUAUUCCAUCUAUGAUUGAAACAAAUAUCAUUGGAUCUUCAAUACCAAAACCACCUCGUCAAAAUAUUCAUAAAGAAAAAAAAUCUUCAACUAUUAAUGGUCUUCUACGUAUUGUUAAUGAUCAUAAUGAACGAUCAAAUAUUUAUCAAAAAAACGAUAAUCAACAAAAAGAAACAAAUGAAAAUGUUUCUUAUUUUCGUGUUGCUAAAAGUCGUUAUGGAAAAUUUGAAACCGAUAAUCGAGGUUUUGUCAAUAAUUCUAUAGCUAUAUUUGAUUCAACUAAUCAACAAAAAUCAGAACAACAAAUAAAUAAAAAUUCAGAUUCAUCAGAAUUAUUAACAAAUUCAAAACAAUUCAAAACAUUACCAUCAAAUAUUGUACAACAUCAAACAAAAGGUAAACAAGCAUAUAAUUUAUUAAAAAAAUACGAAAAAGAAACACAAUCACAAUCUAUUAAUAAUGCUGAUUAUUUAAAAGCAACAAAUCAACAAGAUAAACCAUCUAUGCCAAUUCAGCUUCAAGUUACCGAACGAACGACUCAUAUUACAGUUACGGUAGAAAGUGAUCGUAAACAAUUGAUAACACAAACUUCACCUGUAUCACAAGAAUCAUCAUCACCACCAGCACCACCAAUACUUGCACCAAAACCAUUUGGUAAAACUAUAGCAGAAUAUCGUACAAUACGUGGAAUAGGUAAUAAUGAUGAAACAAUAACUCCAAUACGUAAUAGAAUAACAUCAUCAACUGAUAUAAAUAAUAAACGACGAACAUCAUUGGAUAAUAAUAAACGACUAAGUACAAAUUUAGCUGCAUCACAUGACGCAUUAAUGGAAUCAAUUCGACAAUUUGGUGGUUCACAAAAUUUAAGAAAAAAAUAA